AACGACAACAGAGCCCAUCACAAGGAACGACAAGACCCCGCCAAGCAUCAAUCCUCUGUUCCCUAGGAUAUAGCAUAUAUAAAUACCCGGCCAAGACCAGCCACCUCCUCCGCCGCCUCCGCCGUCGUCCACCUCGCCAUGGGAAGAGCUGUUCUCCUCCCCACCGCCGCCGCUUCGUUAUACGAUUCGAAUAUGGCGGAUUUCGGAAUUCGGUGAGGAGGUUCCGAGAUUUCCAACUCGGACCAUUGGCAUCUGGCUUGGCGAGUUUUCUAUUUUCCCGGGAAAUCCUACGCAGGUGUAUCUGAAGGGGAGUAACGAGGCUGGGGUGAUGAUGACGACUAUUGGACAUUGGGAUUGUGCUGGUAUUGAGUACAUACGUGAUCGCAACACUUCAUCUCCACUCAUGCGUGGAAGUCGGUCCAGAUGGUUCGGAAAUGUAAUCGAUACGGGUGUGCAAAGUCACUGCACACCGAAUAUGAACAAGGGAUAUCCCUUCGACCCCGUCAUCGCCGAGUGUGUGUGUCCUCGGGAGGUUUUUUUUACCAUCCAAUGUUCCCUCGCUGGGAUCUAUCAGGGAGUCAUUUAGACUUCCCCCUGAUCGUCAGGGGAAAUAAUGCAUAUCGCCUCUUCCUCCCGGGAUGCCACAUCACAUGUCGACCAACAAUUACGGUAUAUGGGGGACUCUGGUUCCGAGGGCGGAGAUUUCCUUCCAGCGCAUCCAGCUGCUUCCCCUGGAUCCCGGUGUUCACGCGCGACUUGGCCCAUGAACCUCCCGGGCGUUCAUCACAACUGACGUCCGCCCGCUUUAUCGAAGAUGGCAAAAUAGUGGGAGGACAUCGGCAUCGGGUCAUCAGGUGUGCUGCGUGCGUGAGGGGGGCCUUUGUUGCUAUUCCGGUCUGCCUAGACUCCAAUGCUCGGCACUACCAGUACAAAGAACAGUGCCCAGGUGAUUCGGACAUACGUUUCUAUGUGGAUGUACGUUUGGCGGGUGAGACACGUGGAUGAAGUCGAGGAUGGUCCCACGUGAAUCCGACGACGGAGGAAAAGGCUAUCCUAGAGGUCUACAUCGACUCGGCGCCGACAGCAGCAUCACACUCGAUCGUCAUCAUUCAUG